AUGGUGGUCCGUUCUCUCCUCAGAAACACGCUUGCAAGAGUGCCCUACUCCGACCACGUUCCCCAGUUCGUCUCAGAUAUCCUCUCGGAAGACCCCAGCCCCCCAACAACCCCCACGGUCCCUGACCUCUCCAAGAACCCCUACGAGUGUGAGUCCGACGACCCGCUUGCUGUUUCCCCCAAGGUCAAGAUCCACGCCAAAAUCUUGAAGAACAGGCAUAGAGAUCCCGUGGACACAUUUCCCAUCAUCGAAGAGCAAGACGAAGACUCGUCCAGUUACGACGAGGAGCUCACCUACUUGAACCACUGCGAUACCUGCGACGAUAUUCCGGUAGGUAUUAGCCGCAUGGGCCUGAAAAUACCCCUGUACGCGGAAAAUGUGCUAGACUCACCUGCACCGUCCCUCUUCUCGGGAAGCACCAUCAGGGGAGGCCUCAGCAGCGAGGAUGCUGGACGGGCCAAAGAAGUAGCCGAGUCGUUACAGCGAGAGAUACGAACGAAGCAGUACCUCAACGAGCAGAACGAGAAGUUUGACAAGCUCAUCAGCAAGAACAUCGAUGUGUUCUUCAAGCAGCAGAACAGCUACAACGAGAAGGACUCCAUCAUGCACAAAAUUGAGAAGGAAAAGCGCCAGAACAACUUUGUGCGGCGCAUCAUCGGCGACGUGAUGGAAUCAUGCAUGAGCAAAGUGGGAUUGUCAUCCCAAACCGCCCCAAACUCCCCCAACAUCAAGAUUAACCGGCUGGACGAGCUGCUCAGCAACGCGUCCACCGUCAAAGAGAAGCCCGAUUCGCGAGACUCAAGGUUCAGCGAGCUUUUGCGUGGCCUAGACCACAAUGCAAAAAUGGACUUGUACACCCAGUUGCAUAACGAGUUGGGUGGAGACACCCCCCGUGUGGCAGACCCUACUGGCGAAACCACCGAGUUGGACAAGCUCCAGACAUUCUUGAUCCUCUCGAUCAAGUUGUCCAUAACCAGCAUGAAGCUCGCGAUCCCAGUGGCCCAGUACCUCUACCAGAAGUACAUAAACAACCAGAUCUACCUCGUCAACAACAAGAACGCCCACUCGUUGGCAGACUUCGUGUUGAAGAUGAUGAAGGGCUUGGAGUCCCAGUUGAGCCACAAGGAAGAGUGGAUCUCGCGAACCUACUCCAAGGAGUCGCCAAAACCCGAGCAAGUGGGCAAGAACCAGCAAGAAGAAGGUCUCGACGAGAAAUUGGACAGUUUCUACGAGGACUUCACCAUGGGUGCCACCAACGCAUUGCGCCAGCAGUUGCUCAACGGAGUCGGGGGCAACGACGAGUCCUGGAGACGCGCAGCCACCGAGUACGUGCUCAACAAGUGUCUGGCUGGCUCAGGCAAGAAGGAAGACUACUCAAAUGCCAAGUACGGCAUAUACUACUCGUCGAGGCGCAACCAGGACGUGGACGACGCCAAUUGCAGCGCCAGCUCGUCGUCGUCGUCACCAGUGUCGUUCAAAUCGGUGCCAGUAACCAGGCAGACGUCCUCAGACAAUUUGGAGGCUCUUUCCGUAUUCCACAUUGCAGAAAAGUUUGCUGGCGGAAUUGGCCCCUAG